AUGGUGUCUGGCUCUUUUUCGCCGCCAUGGACUUGGUAUCCGCGGAGUCUAAAGCUCCCUAUGCGGCGCGUGGGGCCCCGCAAGAAAUCUCCUCAAGUUCCACCUUCAACGUUGUGGUUACCCACCAUUCUACACCUCAUCCGCCGUGGAGCACUCCGUCCAUCCGCUCCGUUGGGUAAGACAGCGGGUGGUCUAAGACAUCCAACGACACUCGAUUAUAAAAGCGUGGCCUUCCCGCUAACCGUUCUCAACUCCAAACCACAACCACAAACUACCAUGUCUUUCACAUUCGAAACCCGUUCGCCCGUCGAGACCGCCCGUCUUGCUGCGAAGCACUGCGACUUUAAAACGUCCUUGCCUUCCGUUCCGACUCCGGCACCGUUUGUCCCCGAGAUGCUGGCUACCAUUCGCCACACUCCCAAACGACUUCGGCGUCUGUCACAUGCUGGCGUCGACCAUAUCCGUCGUCGCAAGCAAUCUGGUGAAGAGCCAGAGGACUUUGCGGCGCCGCCCGAGUUCGCUAUUCCCGACUACAAGGAGGCGACAACUCCGGUCGAGGAGGUUUCACCACUCGCUGUCGAGGGUUCUGUGCCGAAACAAAAACGCUCUCGCAGGUCGUCGGCCGCUUCUAGUGUUUCUUCUGAAGCAAGCUCGACAUUGCCUCGCAGUCGGCGAUCAUCCGUGACCAGCGUCGCCGAGUCGUUCUCCUCAAACAAGGAGACGGUGACACUUGUGAUGAAGGCAAAGGCCUUCCCUCGUACUCUCGCGGGUUUCUUCUCGAGCCUCGUUUGCCUCAUCGCAGCCUUCAUCGGCCUGUCCCUCGUCAAACCCGCACCACACUACCAAGAACCUCCCCCGCGGCCAAGGCCUUCCCGUGUCGCUGCUGCCAACGAGAGGGGAGAUGAGCGCCGCCCUUCGCUGUUCAAGCGACUGUGGCAAAAAUGCAAGGGGUCGUUCAAAUCCACCACACCCUCCAAGGCGCCGGCUGAAGCUCCCGCUCAACUCACUUCCUCGCCAGCCAAAAAACAAGCCCCUGCGGUGCUCGCUGCGUGGAGGCCCCACAUGAGGCUUCCCACUUGCCAAUGGCGCCGGCAUCUGAAACUUGUCUCGAAGCUCAUCUCCGCGCCCAAGCUGCGAAACCAACAACAGCAGCCUGAGGCAGCGCACCCCGCACCAGCCAUCGUGUGUUAA